GGAAGCCCGAGUGCCAGUGAUCUGUGGCCCUGUGUGCCAGGAACGGAAAGCCGUCAUGGGGUCCGGUAUGAGUAAGAUCGUGGAGGGCCUGUACCUUGGAAACAUCAGGGAUUCUGAAGACAGGGAGAGCCUGGGGAAGCACCGGAUCACCCACAUCUUGUCUGUUCACAACAGUGCCAAGGCCCAGCUGGAGGACAUGACCUAUCUCUGCAUAUCUGCUUCCGACUCCUCUAGUCAAAACCUGUUGCAGCAUUUUAAGGAGAGCAUCAGGUUUGUGCAUGAGUGUCGGCUGCAUGGAGGGAGAUGCCUCAUUCAUUGUUUAGCGGGCGUUUCCCGCAGCACCACCCUCGUGAUCGCCUACCUGAUGACGGUGACCGACUUUGGCUGGGAAGAGUGCCUGGCGGCCAUCAAGACGGUCCGCUCGUACGCCAGCCCCAACUUUGGUUUCCAGCAGCAGCUGCAGGAGUACGAGAAGACCUUGCUCAAAGAGUACCGAGCCUGGAUCCGGCAGGAAUACGGCAAGAACCCGUCGGAUGACCAAGAGGAGCUGCAGCGUUUACUUUCCCAGCACGAAGAGAAAAUGAAAGAGCAGCAAGUCGGACGCCGAGAAAGUAACUGGAUCGAUUCCGCGAGCGCCUCUAGCCCUCUCUCGCACAACGCCUACGCUAGCCGCUGGACGAACAGAUAG